GCCUCCCAAACCUACCUGCUUUGUUUUAGUUAAAAUGACUAUAGAGACACACUUUCUUAUACUUUUAUAAUGGCUUUUGUCUAUAUUUUGCGGGCGAGACAGUAUAAAACCAUUUGCUGAAGGACUGUUGAAGCUGAGGAUUACAGUUUUAUAAAACAGUUUUGUAAUCUUGCUUUAAAGAAAGACUCAUGGUAUCUUUUGCCUUAAAGCCCUUAUAGGGCAAACGCUGGGUUUGUGAAACUGGCCUAGUAAUUUGUAUUGUGGCCUAAUAGUAUUAAACCCUCAAAGUAUAUAAUGCCAGAAGGCAUGGAAAAAUGAUUGAGCCCCUGAAGGAAGUUUAUAGCCUUCCUCAAACUGAAGAGUAAAUCCCGUUGAUGUAAGCCCUAGGUGAAUUUCACCCUUUUUGAACUGCUUUAGUGCGUAUAUUUAAAUCUGUUUAUAUAGCAGUUCUUUGUAAGAUGGCUUUUAAUCCGGUGUGAGUUCCCAUCAGUUUAUUAGUACGUCUACACAGAGCUUUUGUUCUUACAUCUUAUUUAUUUCUCUUGAAGGGGAAUCGUAUCAUCUUUAAAGAGAUUUCUUCUGCAGGUCAUUUUUUAUGUCUGUGAUUCAAAUGAUCAAGUUCUGGGAACUUUAGAAAAUGAAUUCUGAUAAAAACCAAAGCCAUCUAGCUUGUAGCUUUUAAAAGUUUAAAAACUUUAAUUUAAAAAUCACCAGUAUGUUCCAGGAGGAGUUUGGCUUCAUCUUAGUAAUUAGGAGCUGGGGAGUCUGAGAUAAGGUCUUUCUUUACCUGCAGAGUCAUUGUGGGGAGGAUGAAAUUGUGAAAGACCUUCAUUAUUGUCAUAUUCCCUACGUGUGUACCGUAAACAGUCAGUCAUGCAAAAGAAGCAAGGUUGUGCCCUGCAGGAGCCCAGAGUCCAGGAAGUCAAUAGGAUACAACAGUGUGUUACAUAGUUUAAAAAAUCUUUUCAACUUUGCAUGGUUUGUAUGUGUUGAAUGUACAAGAGAGACGUGGUGAGUGUUGGCUGAAUUUAAACAUAGCUUCCUAGAGAGGAGUAGUUCCUAUCAAUUCUGUAUUUGACACGGUAAAAUGGACUAAAAUUUAAGAAGUGUUUCCAAGUACACAAGACACUUACCUAAUGAAAAAUUUGCAAGCGUGGAAGAAGAUAUAAAUAGUUUAAAGAAGAAUGUACAUGCCCUAUUCUUGUACUGUCUGAAGAUAGCAGUUAAUAUUUUUUCUAUACAAAUUUAUUGGAUUCCAGACUUUAGGUAGUAAGAAUUUUGAUUGUGAGGAGUACUGACAUAUGCAAAUCUAGGUCAUAUUUUUUUGUUUAGGUUUUUCAUUUGAGAUUACCAUAAACUCACUAAAUUAGUCCAGGCAGGCCGUAAACUGGAGAAAUUUUGCUUCAGUCCCAAGUGCUAUGAUUACAGGCGUAUGCCACCAUGCCUGGCUAACAAAAUCUCUUGAUACUGGCUCCUCAACUCAAGGAGGAAGUGGACUGGGUGUGGUGACGCAUAUCUGUAAUCCCAGCACUCAGGAAGUUGAGGCAGGAAGAUUUCUUGAGUUCAAGGCCAGUCUGGGCUACAUAGUGAGUUCAAGGUCAGCAUAAACUGCAAAGUGAAACCCUAUCUGAAAAAAACCAAGCCAAAACAAAAAAAGAAGCUUGUUAGUGAAGUUAUCCAAAUCUAUUUGACUCUUGAGUUUAGGUAAUUUGAGCAGAAAGCGUUUAAAUAAUAGGAAUACUUCCGUUUAAGUAUUAGAUACACUUAAAAUGACGUUAUACCCAUGCAUGCAUAAUAGCAAAUUGUAUGUGAGGUGUGAAAUGGCUUAAGAAAGUGAUCUACUCUGCAGAAGUCUAUUCGCAGACCUUUCCUGAAGUGUGAUGUCAGUCCUUCCUGCAGCCCCACAAAGGGAGAUUUUAUGGCUUUUUAAAAAAAAUUAUUCACAUGGUUAGCUCUUUGCUGGGAUAGUCUUUCUGAUGCUUAAGAAAAAGUUUAGCAAGUAGACAAAGGUUAUCCCUUCUCAGAUGUUUCCAUCCUAAACUAGUUGGUAUAGUGAAGCUCUCCAGGGGUGGUCCUUGCAGAUGUGGUGGGUUCUUUCCAGAGAUGACCACCAACAAUUCCCUUCCUAGCCUUUGCUUGCCUACUUGCUCUUUCCAUUAGGACUGAAUCUGUUUCUACUUCAUUUGAAUCUAGGCUGGCCUAGUGACUUCUUUUGACCAACAGAAAAGGUGGUAGAAGUGAUACUGUGCCGAUCUGGACUUAGUGCCUAAGAAAUAUGGCAGCUUGAGCUUCCACAACAAUGGAAGUACUGGGUAUAGGAGCUUUGGUCAUGCUAGGUAAGGAGGAGCCAUAAUUGGACUGCCCUGCUUGCAACUUUGUGAGUAACCUUAGCCGAAUACACCUAAAACACAGAUCCAAGAUAAAUAAAAUACUGGUUUUGUUUUAAGCCACUGGGUAUUGGGAUGUAAGUUACCCUUGGUAACAGUUAUGGUAUGAGUUAUUCCCAAAAUGUGAUACAAAAUUGUGGGCAACAUAGCAUGAUUUAGUGGUAAAUCUCUAAAUUAAUUAAAUCUGUGUUGCAUAGCACAUAGAAAUGUAUUUGUUGAAUUAAACUGAAAAUUGUGACAUAUCUCAUACUUUGCAAGAUAAUGGGUUAAAUCAGAAUUAUCAUUUGUUUUGUGAUCUUGGGCACUACCUUUAUGUAUGUGAUUAUCAGUUUGUAGUGAACAUUUUGUGUCUCCAUGAUCUGAGGUGUUUUAAAGAACUGAUCAUUAUUGGAAUGAUGGAUGUGUGAUGUUUUUGCAGUUUGGCAUUUGAUGAAGUUAGCACUGUGUUUAGAGUUGUAAACCCACCCAGUAGAGAUGGUAGAUCUUCACUGAACGUAUGUAUGAGAGAUGCUCCACUUUCAAAGUACAGGGAGAGUGAAUCCUAAGCAAACAUUUCUAAAGUGUGUGUUACACAAAUUUAAGCAAACAAAAUGGUGGGUUCUUCAGCAGCACAUCUAUCUGUCUUUAAAUGAGAAAAUCUGUUGAGGAACUUUCUUUUCCAGGUCUGGUUAUAUCAACUUUAUAACUUCCGGGAAAAUCUUACUGGGUAUCAAGGGUACUUCGAGAGCCUGUGGUCUUGGACUUGUUCUGAGUUCAACUUGCUGGGUUUUCCUGACCAGUGUUCUUUUCCAUCCUCCUUGGUUGCUCCUUUAGAUUUCUCUACCCAUUUUUUCUUUGUUUUUAUUUACCCCAAAUUGUUGCACUCUACAUUUUAUUGUUCUUUCUCUUAACUGAAUAUCUUAUCUCUUUACAGGGAAAAUUAGGUGACCUCUGAAGAGAAUGCCAAGAUACCACCUUACACACUAGGAUGGCUCAUUCCCCCCUCCCCCCACAGGGUUUGCUAUGUAGUUCAAGUCAGCCUUGAACUCACAAUGGAGGCUGGUCUCAAACUCCUGGCGAUACUCCUGCCUCAGCCUCCCCAGUGCUGUGAUUACAGGGUGCCAUUUGAGCUAACUGCAACUUGUGAGAAGACUACAGUAUAAUCAACUCGCCACCAAGAUUGAGGAAAAGGCUCAGGUUUGAAAGGAGAGGAGGGAUUGCUGGGGAAAGUGAGUAAUCCAUUUAGCCAAAGCAGAGAUGUCAGUUUAUUUAUAGGAACUGCUUCCAGUCAGAGUCAUGGUGGAUGUGGGGAAGUGGCCAAUCUUUACCCUGCUCUCACCGCAAGAAGUUGCAUCUAUUCGGAAAGCGUGUGUCUUUGGCACCUCAGCCAACGAAGCACUGUAUGUUACUGACAAUGAUGAGGUCUUUGUGUUUGGACUGAAUUAUAGUAACUGCCUAGGAACUGGAGAUAACCAGAGUACACUUGUACCCAAGAAGCUAGAAGCCUUAUGUGGAAAGAAGAUUAAAAGCCUUAGUUAUGGGAGUGGCCCACAUGUUCUUCUCAGCACUGAAGAUGGAGUGGUCUAUGCCUGGGGCCACAAUGGAUACAGCCAGCUGGGAAAUGGGACGACCAACCAAGGCAUUGCCCCGAUCCAGGUCUGCACCAAUCUCUUAAUUAAGCAGGUUGUUGAGGUAGCGUGUGGCUCACAUCAUUCAAUGGCUCUGGCAGCUGAUGGAGAGGUAUUUGCUUGGGGCUAUAACAACUGUGGCCAGGUGGGAUCAGGAUCUACAGCAAAUCAGCCGACUCCCCGGAAGGUUACCAACUGUUUACAUGUUAAGAGGGUGGUUGGCAUUGCCUGUGGUCAGACCUCAUCCAUGGCUGUUCUCGACAGUGGUGAGGUCUAUGGCUGGGGCUACAAUGGCAAUGGCCAGCUGGGUUUGGGAAACAAUGGCAACCAGCUCACCCCCAUGAGAGUGGCAGCUUUGCACAGAGUGUGUGUGAACCAGAUUGUCUGUGGCUAUGCACAUACUCUAGCACUAACAGAUGAGGGCUUGCUCUAUGCCUGGGGAGCUAACACAUACGGGCAGCUGGGAACUGGCAAUAAAAAUAACCUGCUGAACCCGGAACACAUCAUGGUGGAGAAAGAAAGGGUGGUAGAAAUCGCAGCCUGUCACUCCACCCACAUAUCCGCUGCCAAGACCCAGGGGGGCCACGUGUACAUGUGGGGCCAGUGCCGGGGCCAGUCGGUGACCCUCCCGCACCUCACCCACUUCUCCUGCACCGACGACGUGUUUGCCUGCUUUGCCACGCCGGCUGUCUCAUGGCGCCUUUUAUCUGUAGAACAUGAAGACUUUUUAACAGUUGCAGAGUCGCUGAAGAAAGAAUUUGAUAGUCCAGAAACUGCUGAUCUGAAGUUUCGAAUUGAUGGGAAAUAUGUUCAUGUCCAUAAAGCUGUUUUGAAAAUCAGGUGUGAGCAUUUUCGAUCCAUGUUCCAGUCCUACUGGAAUGAGGACAUGAAAGAGGUGAUAGAAAUAGAUCAGUUUUCUUACCCCGUGUACCGUGCCUUUCUCCAGUACCUCUACACAGACUCAGUGGAUCUGCCGCCCGAAGACGCCAUAGGUCUUUUGGAUUUGGCGACAUCUUACUGUGAAAACAGACUGAAAAAACUUUGCCAGCACAUUAUCAAGUGCGGAAUUACUGUGGAGAAUGCAUUUUCACUAUUCUCUGCUGCAGUCAGAUAUGACGCAGAGGAUUUAGAAGAAUUCUGCUUUAAAUUUUGCAUCAAUCAUUUGACAGAAGUCACACAGACUGCAGCAUUCUGGCAGAUGGAUGGCCCUCUGCUGAAGGAGUUCAUUGCGAAAGCCAGUAAAUGUGGAGCCUUUAAGAACUGAAGCUGCUGGGGUGCGAGUGUGUGCUCUGGGCACUGCGGGGAUGUGUCCGGCUGUGCUGGACAGGCAGCGUGAUUCCGCAGGUAAAGCCUAUCUGGUGGUUUCUGUCACAUCUCAGACAGUUUUUGUAGGAAUUCGUGAAGGAUGUAUGGCUUUUUCUGAGCCUAUUUUAAACAACCUUUUUUCAGAAACAUUAAACGUAACCUGUCUUAACACUUGACCUGAACACUAAGAAAAGUAUGCAAGUGUAGCUGCUGUUGUUUUGAGUUAGAGGACUGCGGAAUUCAGAACUAGGAAGUUGUACAGCUCUCCUGGGUUAUGUGUCAGAGCCCUUCAGUGCCAGGAUUGUGUUUGUCAGUUGUGAGGUCUGUGCAGGCCUGCCAUGGAGGUACCCAUGCUCAGGCUCCCUCCAUCCGGUGCCGGCUAGUACCCUGCUGUGAGGGAGAAGGUAGACCAGUUGGAGACUUUUGUUCCUGUGCUUUGCUAAUGAUGACUUCUUAACUUUGAGAUGUAUCAGAAUAAUAUCCCCCUUGAGUUAAGCCUAUUAAAAAGUAGUCAUUCUAUGCUAAGAUUCCUCAAGAUUAAAGUCAUCAAGAAUAAUAAUUUAUAACUGUCUAUUAAAGAUUGACAAUGAAGGAAACUUUGGAUACAGGCCAAUGUUUUAUAUAUUAGAAUCUCCAGCAUUUAUCCAUUUUAUGAGUUGAAUUUUAGAACUAAAAUUUAAGUUAACUCCACCUUUUCCCUUUGUAAGAGAAAAACAAUGACAUAUAUAGGAUUCCUUUGCCUUUCUGUUAUGAAUGAUAAACCAGGCCUGCUAUGUUGACUUGAGAAAUGGUCCCUAAAAAGAACUUUCUUUUACAACCUAAUGAAAUUUGCUUUAUCUGUUUUAUGCAGACCAAAUUCCAUCACAAACUUACUUACAAACUUCCACUUGUGGUUUCUUUUUUGUGUUAGGUAGAAUCUGAUAAAAUUUGAUGUUGAGAUGGGAAAUCAUGGUUUCCCCAAAAAGACCUCAUUUAAGUUUCUUUUUCUGGGGGGGUGUGAGGGUCUGAUUAUGAAAUAAGACCUUGGAAUUUGAAUGGUUACCUCUGAGUUUUAUCAUGUGUUCACUGAGCUUGUUUCAAGAACAAAACUUGGUCCCCCUCUCUGGUUCGUGAAGUCAUUCCCGUUUGUGUAAGUUCCCGUAAUGUAUUCCACCUGCUGCUGAGAAGGCCCCCUCUGGACUGACGGCCUGAAUGUUUCCACAGCCACAUUAACAGGAGAAAAGAAGUACUCUGUAGCCACUGUGUUUUUACAGGUGAGUAGGGAGUGAGGACCCAAAGAUAGGAACUGUGGAUAAGCCAAACAGCAGCAAACCUAAAGUCCCAGCCCUGUACGCCCUUCCUUGAUCAUAUCACACAAUGACUGAAGCUCCGUGGAACUGUUAGGUUAGAAUUAGCUCUGUAAAAAUGGUUACGUGGUGAAUGAGCAUCAAUUCGAUUAUAAUAGUGUUUGUCCCAGUGUUUUGUAGGUAUAUGGUAUGAAAACUGUUUACUAUUGCUUACUUGAAAAAAACCUUCAAAAGCACAAAUUAAAGUAGUAGAUCCAUCUCCAGAGUUUAUUCAUUGGAAAAAAAUAUCGAGUUCCUAAUAUAGGUGAAGAACCACUUCUCAGAUUACUGAGUAAUUUGUGUAUGUAUGGUAAUGAAGAGAACAAGUCCUUCAAAAAGUACUUUUUAAAGACAACACUGUCUUAUUUUUUUACUUGGUUUUGUUGUUACUCAUAGCAAAUUAAAACUGUCCUUUAAUUUUUUUCAUGUGAUGUAAUGGAAACCAAAGCACUCACAUUCUUAAAAUAACCUUGAAUGUACUCUUAAGCUUCUUACUGGAACAAUGUUUGAUACUCUUGUAUAUAGGCUGUAUUUAUGUAAUAUUUCAAAUGAUAUUAAUAAAGUAAUCCUUUAAGGGA